AAUCCAUUUUAAUGGCAGGCGCCUUUCAGGGCAGCCCUGAAGGGUCCUUUCUCUCGUGCCUCCUCUGGGCGCUGCGGCGGAGGCGGUGACCUCGGUUCCGGCUUCCCCCGGUUCAUGUUUUUAGCCCGUUCCUUGGUAAAGAUGGCAGCCAAUAAUGCAGUAUUGAACAGACUGGAGCAAAAGGGUGCAGAGGCGGAUCAAGUCAUUGAAUACCUCAAACAGCAAGUUGCUCUUCUAAAAGAGAAAGCUAUCCUGCAGGCAUCUCUCCGAGAAGAGAAGAAGCUUCGUGUAGAAAAUGCUAAACUGAAGAAAGAAAUUGAGGGACUGAAACAGGAGCUGAUCCAAGCAGAAAUUCAGAAUGGAGUGAAACAUAUCCCAGUUCCAUCCAGUGGAACCAUUUCUACAGCUUCAUUUUCGGAAGACUUACCACAGCCUAUACCUGUCACAUCCUAUCCUUCUGGUCCCAAAGACCAAAUUAAAGGUGGAAGUGAAGAAAAGAAAAAAAAGGAGAAAGCAGAAAAAAAAGGAGAGAAGAGGGAGAAGAAGCAGCAGCCGCCAGCAGCUGGGAGUGAUGGCUCUAGACUGAUGGAUGUUUCUCGUCUGGACCUUCGUGUCGGUUGUAUCAUCACUGCAAAAAAUCACCCUGAUGCGGAUUCUCUGUAUGUCGAGGAGGUGGAUGUUGGAGAAACAAACCCAAGAACUGUUGUUAGUGGCUUAGUGAAGCAUGUGCCUCUUGAACAGAUGCAGAACCGGAUGGUAGUAUUACUCUGUAACCUGAAGCCUGCAAAGAUGAGGGGAGUGGUAUCUCAGGCAAUGGUGAUGUGUGCCAGCUCACCAGAGAAGGUGGAGAUCCUUGCUCCCCCCAGUGGGGCUGUUCCUGGAGAAAGAAUCACCUUUGAAGGUUUUCCUGGAGAACCUGAGAAGGAACUUAAUCCCAAGAAGAAGAUCUGGGAGCAGAUCCAACCUGACCUUCAUACUAAUGACCAAUGCAUUGCUACAUACAAAGGAGUUCCAUUUGAAGUGAAGGGGAAAGGGGUCUGCAGGGCUCAGACGAUGGCCAGCAGUGGAAUCAAAUAAAUAAAACCACUUACUGAGAAACUGUUCAAAGGCUUAAAUGGAAAGCUGUGCAAGCACAAUAAAGACAUGAAUAUAUUCCCCCCAA